GGGACGAGGGUGGCGUUUUGUGAUUCCUGGGAGGAGCUCCUUUGCCUUGGGGGCGUAGCGGGUUGGGGUGGCCGGGGUCGGGCUGUGCUGACUUUGAGGGUCUCCCGGCCUGUCCACUUCCGCAGCCCGACUUUCCCACCUAGAAGCCAGCCCUGCCACUUGAUAAGCCCUGACUUGUCAAAAAGCUCUGCACGGAGGAGGAGGCAGCAGAGCUCCAUUGGAAGCCGUUUUCUUUUGGACUGACAGUGCACUGCAGGGCUACUCAAACUGUGGUCCACAAACCAGCAGCACUGGCAUCACCUGGUUAGAAAUGCCCAUCCUCAAGCCCUACCCAAGACCCUCUGAUUUGGAAUUUCUGCAGAUGGGACACAGGAACCUGCAUUUCAGCAAGAUCCUAAGUUCUGCCCUUUUAGGACUCUGCACUUCCCCAAAAGGAAGAAUUAAAAAUGAGCAUGUUCAAGGAAGCAGUGACAUUCAAGGACGUGGCUGUGGCCUUUACUGAGGAGGAGCUGGGGCUGCUGGACCCUGCCCAGAGGAAGCUGUACCAAGAUGUGAUGGUGGAGAAUUUCAGGAACCUGGUCUCAGUGGGAGAGAACAAUCAAAGUGAGUUAAGGACUGUUCAUGACAGAGCAUCUCAUGAAGAGCUUUCCUGCUGGCAAAUCUGGCAACAUAUUGCAAAUGACUUAACCAGAUGUCAAGACUCCAUGAUAGAUAAUUCUCAGUUUCACAAACAAGAUGAUUCCCCCUGCCAGGUUGGGGCAGGGCUUCCUAUUCAAAUUUAUGAAGAUAAUACUGGCAGUCCAGAGUUCCCAACUUUGAGAACCCAGGAUUCUCAGAGGAAAACUUUCCUGACUGACUCACAGAAUUAUGAGAAUAGGUAUCAGCAAAUUUCCAAGAAAAACGAACUAUGUCAGUGUAAACAGGGUGUUGACCCCAUCAGUUGGAUUUCUUAUCACCAUGAUGAUCAUAGGAUGCACAAAAGUGAAAAAUCUUAUAGCCCCAAUGAUUGUGGAAAAGACAGCAUGAAGAUUCCAGCAUUUGAUCAGAAUAGGAUGAUUCACACAGGACAGAAACCUUACCAGUGUAAUGAAUGUAAAAAAACCUUCAACAACCUCUCCAGCUUUGAUCUUCAUCAGCAGUUACACCCAGGAGAGAAGUCUCAUACACGUAUUGAGUGUGAAAAAGGCUUCUGUUAUAGUUCAGUUCUUCAUGUUCAUCAGAGAAUUCACAUGGGAGAAAAACAUAAGUGUAAUGAGUGUGGUAAGAAAUUUAGUCAGAGGUCACAUCUACAAGCCCAUCAAAAAGUUCACACUGUGGAGAAACCAUACAAGUGUGAGCAAUGUGGGAAAGGUUUUGGUCGUAGAUCAACACUUAAUGUUCAUUGUAAAGUUCACACUGGAGAAAAGCCUUAUAAUUGUGAGGACUGUGGGAGGGCCUUCAGUCAGGCCUCUCACCUUCAGGACCAUCAGAGACUCCACACUGGGGAGAAACCAUUCAAAUGUGAUACAUGUGGUAAGAGCUUCAGUCGGAAUUCACAUCUUCAAUCCCAUCAGAGAGUCCAUACAGGAGAGAAACCAUACAAAUGUGAGGAGUGUGGGAAGGGCUUCAUUUGUAGCUCAAAUCUGUACAUUCAUCAGAGGGUCCACACAGGAGAAAAACCCUAUAAAUGUGAGGAAUGUGGUAAAGGCUUUAGUCGUCCUUCAAGUCUUCAAGCCCAUCAGGGAGUCCACACUGGAGAGAAAUCAUAUAUAUGUACUGUGUGUGGUAAAGGCUUUACUCUUAGUUCAAAUCUUCAGGCCCAUCAGAGAGUCCACACUGGAGAAAAGCCCUACAAAUGUGAGGAGUGCGGGAAGAGCUUCAGGAGAAACUCCCAUUAUCAGGUUCAUCUAGUGGUCCACACAGGAGAGAAACCCUACAAAUGUGAGGUAUGUGGGAAGGGCUUCAGUCAGAGUUCAUAUCUUCAAAUCCAUCAGAAGGCCCACAACGUAGAGAAACCUUAUAAGUGUGAGGAGUGUGGGCAAGGCUUCAAUCAGAUUUCACGACUUCAGAUUCACCAGCUGAUCCAUACUGGUGAGAAACCGUACAAAUGUGAAGAGUGUGGAAAGGGGUUCAGUCGUAGAGCAGAUCUUAGAAUUCAUUGUAGGAUCCACACAGGAGAGAAACCGUAUAAUUGUGAGGAGUGUGGGAAAGUCUUUAGGCAGGCCUCAAAUCUUUUGGCCCAUCAGAGAGUCCACAGCGGAGAAAAGCCAUUCAAAUGUGAAGAGUGUGGGAAGAGCUUUGGUCGGAGUGCACACCUUCAAGCUCACCAAAAAGUCCAUACUGGAGAAAAGCCUUACAAAUGUGAGGAGUGUGGGAAGGGCUUCAAGUGGAGCUUGAAUCUUGACAUGCACCAGAGGGUCCACACGGGAGAGAAACCAUUUAAGUGUGGAGAGUGUGGUAAGUACUUCAGUCAAGCCUCAAGUCUUCAGCUUCAUCAGAGUGUCCACACUGGAGAGAAACCGUACAAAUGCGAUGUGUGUGGUAAAGUCUUCAGUCGGUCUUCACAACUGCAGUCUCAUCAGAGAGUUCACACAGGGGAGAAACCUUAUAAGUGUGAGAUAUGUGGUAAGAACUUCAGUUGGCGAUCAAAUCUUACGAUUCAUCACAGAAUCCACGUUGAUGAUAAAUCCUAUAAACGUAAUAGGGGUAGUAAGAACAUCAGUGAAUCCACACAGGAAAAAGUUCUAUAAAACGAUUUUUUUUGGAGACUCAAGUGUCAUGUGAAUUCUUUCAUUCAUCAUGUCUCGAAAGAAAAGAUCAUUUGUUUCAUUAAAGUUAGUGUUUCAGCCA